UGUAUUAUGACUUCUCAAGAGAAGACAGAAAAGCAUCCUUUUGUGGAUAUAUUUAACGAAGAUGAAGCUGACAUAAACUUUAUGUUGUCUAAACCUGUUUGCUUUGUUGUAUUUGGGAAACCAGGGGUUGGGAAGACAACAUUAGCCCAACAGAUAACACAGGCAUGGAAAUGUAUUCGUGUAGAAGCUUUACCAAUUUUGGAAGAACAGAUUGCCAGUGACACUAUAACGGGAGCUAUGUUGCAGUCAGUGCUGAUCAGUGGCCAAAGCAUUCCAGAUGAACUUGUCACAAAGUUAAUGUUGGAGAAGCUGAACUCCUCAGAAGUCUCUCACUUUGGCUAUAUUAUCACUGAAAUACCAUCACUUUCACAGGAUGCCAUGACUACUCUGCAGCAAAUAGAAUUAAUUAGAAAUUUAAAAUUGAAACCUGAUAUUAUAAUCAAUAUUAAGUGCCCUGACUAUGAUUUAUGCCAAAGAAUUUCGGGGCAAAGGCAGCACAGUAGUACAGGAAACAUAUACACAAGAGAUCAGUGGGAUCCUGAAGUCAUUGAGAAUCGUAGGAAAAAGAAGAAAGAAGCCCAAAAGGAAGGAAAAGGAGAAGAGGAGGGGGAAGAGGAAGAAGAGCAAGAAGAAGAAGAGGCAUUUAUUGCUGAAAUGCAGAUGGUGGCUGAAGUUCUUCAACACCUCGUUCAGAGACCUGAGGAUUAUUUGGAAAAUAUCGAACACAUUGUUAACCUUUAUAAGGAAAUAAUUCUUCAUCCUUUAGAGGAAGUAAUGGCUGAACACGAUUCCCAGUAUCUUAUUGAGCUAGAUGGAAAUAAGCCCCCAGAGGAGCUGUUCAUGACGGUUGUGGAUCGACUUAAAUAUCUGAACCUAAAAAGAGCAGCUGUUAUAACCAAACUUCAGAGUACAGAGGAAGAUAUUAACGACACAAUGGAAAAUGAUGAGCUGUUCCGUACUCUUGCAUCUUAUAAACUUAUUGCACCAAGAUAUAGAUGGCAGAGAAGCAGAUGGGGACGUACAUGUCCUGUGACUUUAAAAGAAGGUAACAUUUUUCAAGGAUUGCCAGAUUUUUCUGUGAGUUUUCUAGGUAAAAUGUACUGUCUUUCAUCAGAAGAAGCAUUAAAAACAUUUCUAUUGAACCCACGUCCCUAUCUUCUUCCACCUAUGCCAGCACCACCAUUUAAAGUAUUCAUAUUUGGACCUCAGUCUUCAGGGAAAACAACACUUAGCAAUUUGCUUGCAAAACAUUACAAAGGAAAGGUAGUUGACUAUGAUAAAGUGAUUCAACCACGUUUUGAUAAAGCCCUUGAAAUGUUAACCAGAAACACUAUAGCUGAGGCCACUGAAGCAGCCAUUAAAGUUGUCAAAGAGCGGCUUCUCUUAGAACUACAAGCUAAAAAUGCUCAGUCAACUUCAAAAGACCUUCAAGGAGAAUCUGAAAGGAGGGAAAGUGAAGUCCCAACUGAUACAUAUAAAAGUGCAGAAGAAUUGCAGUCGUCACUUGAUGAAGAUGUGUUCACUUUUGAAUCCCAAAGAGAAAGCUCUUUAGAAGACAAUGACGAAGCCAAAAUGAAGUCAGAUGAUAAAGAUGGUGAAAAAGAAAUAAGUGAAAUGGUUACACUUCAAAGAAGUCAGCAAGACUCUAGUCGAGAUCUAAAGAAGGAUUCCAAAAAAGAUGUAACAGACUAUGAGAUAGAAGAGGUAACUGCUGAUCAUCCAGAAGUUCUUUCCAUAAUAAAUGAGACAGUAAAAAUGGCAAAGGAUAUGAACUUUGAACAGCCACAUGAAAAAAUUGCUGAGAUCUUAGGUGAAGUUCUCCAAGAGGUAGUUGAAGAAAACAAGAACAGGUUUUAUGGUGCCCCCAAAUAUGGAGGAUGGAUACUGGACAACUGCCCUCUUGUGAAAGAACUCUGGAUGGUCUUAGUCGACAAAGGAGUUCUACCCGAUUUAGUCAUCUGUUUAUCAAACACAGAAAACAAUGGAAAAUAUUUAUAUAAUAGACUGUAUUUAAAGAAUAAGCAAGAAAUUGACUCUAAGAUUUUAGAAAGAUUAUUAGAUGAACUACUAAAGGAAAGAAAAGAGGAAGAAGCAGCAAGAAAAGUCAGCGAAGAGACAUUAAGAAUAGAAGAAGAAAAUCGAAAGCUAUUGGAAGCUAUGACUGCAAAAGCAAAAGAAGAAACUGAAGCCGAGGCUUUUGAGGAUAUCGAAGGUGAAGAGUCUGAACUUCACGAAUGGUCUGAGAUGCCUGAGGUUGCUGAGGAGACCAGGGGGGUCUUACCCGAGGAGUCUGACAUUUUUGAGGUCCCAGAAACAGAACAUGAAUCAGUAUCUGAGCCUCCUGAGGAUGCUACAGUUGGAGCAGAAUUUCCAAAAGGAUCCAGAGAGGGCCUGGAAACUAAAGAAUUACCUGAAACAGUUCUACUACCUGAAUUUCCAGAAGAUGGUUAUCCUGAUGUUCCUGAAAUGGAUUCAAUUAAAGAGAAUGUCAGCUCUUUCUACGCUGCCUGGAGACAGAUGGAAACAGCUAUCAGUGACUCCUCUAUUCAAAUUUUAAACCUGGAGAUUGCUGGCAAAACUCCAGAGGAACUACUUCAAAAAGUCGUUGAAAUUAUGGAAAAACCCUUUCACCAUGCUGGUUGGGAGUUAACUGUAGAAGAUUAUGAUGAAGAAACAGAAGACUAUCAGGCUGAAGCCGAUGUCGAUGAGGAGCUAGAAGAGGAAGAAGAGGAAGAGGAAGAGAAUGAAGAUACAAUGAAGGAGAAGAGAAGGCAUUUGGGAGAUACAAAGCACUUUUGUCCAGUGGCUCUCAAAGAAAACUUCGUCCUACAACCAGGCACCCCAGAAGAAGCAGCUAAAUAUCGAGAAAAGAUCUAUUACUUUUCAAGUCCUGAGGCUAAAGAAAAGUUUUUGGAGCAACCUGAGGAGUAUGUGGCUCAUGAUGAACCGUUAAAGGCUCCGCCUUUAAGAAUAUGCCUUCUCGGCCCCCAUGGCUCUGGCAAAACUGUCUGUGGAAGACAGCUGGCAGAAAAAUUGGGCAUUUUUCAUAUUCAGUUUGAGGAAUUUCUUCAAGAAAAACUAAUGCUGAAAACUGAAAAGAAAGUGGGACCUGAAUUUGAGGAUGAUUCUGAGGAUGAACAAUUUGUAAAACAAGAAUUUGAAGAGCUUGCAAUUCAGGCCCAUGUUACAAUUGAGGAAGAAAAUACAAAGAAGCUGCCUCAGGAAGUGCAACUUACAGAAGAAGAAGAAGCAAUCAGAUUAAACCUAACAGAAAAUGAGCCAUUGCCUCCUGAAAUCCUUGAAGCAGUUCUUUCUCAGUGGUGGUUUAAGGAACCGAUAUGUUCUACAGGUUUUGUAUUAGACGGUUUCCCGCGGUAUCCAGAUGAGGUCCAGUUCCUGGGGGAACAUGGGCUUUUCCCAGAUGCUGCUGUGUUUAUACAAGUUGACGAUCAAGAUAUUUCUGAUCGCCUCCUUCCUGUCCAAAUUGGAAAGUGGAAAGUGAAACAAAAGAAGAAAUUAGAAAGAAAAAAACUCAUCAAAGAAAUGAAGGCAAAAAUCAAGGAUGAUAUGAUUGCUAAAAGAAGAGCCGAACUUAUAACUGAGAGAGAAAAAAGAAGGAAAGGAGGGGUGACUGUUAGAGAAGACGAAGACAUGAGUGAGGAAGAACCUGAUAACAAUGAAGAUGAUAUUGAUAACAUUCUCGAAGAUGAAUUUCCAAAAGAUGAGGAAGUGAUGAGUGAGGAAGAGGAAGAGCAGGAAAUUGAUGCUCUCGAACGCCUGAGGGGUGAACUCGGAGAAAAAUUUGAAGCAGAUAUGAAUAAUUUACAAAUAAUACAGGAAGAAUUUGAGAAGUUUUUGAUACCAGUAAUUCUCAUUAAUGGAUCUCGGAAAAUCCACAUUGUCCAAUACACAUUGAAUACAAAACUGAAACCACUGGUAGAGAAUCGUGCAAGCAUUUUUGAGAAAUGUUAUCCAAUAUCAUCACGCCUUGCCCAGAAAAUGCUCAGCUUUACCUACAAGUACAUAAGCUCAUUCGGCUACUGGGACCCUGUAAAGCUAAAUGAAGGCGAGACCAUCAAACCAGUUGAAAAUUCAGAGAAUCCACUUCAUCCUGUAAUCCAUCGUCAGUAUAUUUAUUUUUUAUCUAGUAAGGAAACUAAAGAAAAAUUUAUGAAGAACCCAAUCAAAUAUAUCUGCCAACCCAAACCUAAGCCUACUAUCCCCAUUAGGAUUGCAAUUCUGGGGCCUCCAAAAUCUGGAAAAACUACAGUUGCCAAAAAUAUUUCAAGUGAAUAUGGCUUAAAGCGUUUGUCGAUAGGAGAUGCUUUGCGUUAUGUAUUAAACAACCAACCAGACACAGAGCUGGCACUUAUGCUAAAUUGGCAUCUUCAUAAAGGAAUGACAGCACCUGAUGAACUGGCUAUUCAGGCAUUAGAAUUAUCUCUGAUGGGAAGUGUAUGUAAUACCGCAGGUGUUGUCAUUGAUGGAUACCCUGUAACUAAGUAUCAAGUGAGUCUCUUAGAAGCUAGGUCAAUCAUCCCCAUGAUUAUCUUUGAGCUGGAUGUGCCUUCCAAAGAGAUUUUCAGAAGAUUGCUCCUGGAAAAAAAAAAGGAGUCAAGUUUGCCUUAUCCAUUGCACAACAGCUCACAGAUUAUAGCUGUUAAGAACUCAAGGUACCGCAAAAAUAUUGGUGAGAUUAGGCAAUAUUAUGAAGUACAACAUCAGAACUGGUAUGUGAUUGAUGGCUUUCACAGCAAAUGGUGGAUAUGGAAUGAAGUCAUUAAGAAGGUUAAAAUGGUGAAUAAAUACAUGCAGAUAUAUAUGGAAAGAAUAAAAGCAGGAAAAGCUGCCUGCAUUGACAAGUUAUGUAUCUCCCCUGAAGAACUGAUUUCUCGCCUGGGCGAAUUUGGACAGUUCUGCCCUGUCAGCCUGGCAGAAUCAUAUGAAUUAGUUGAUUGCUCUUCAAAUGAUUCCCUGGAAUUUGCAGCAGAGUUCAGAGGGCACUAUUAUAAAAUGAGUUCUCUAGAGAAAUUGAAUAAAUUUUUGGACAAUCCAGAAUUCUACGUACCUCCAUUAGCACCUCAUCCACUUCCACCUACCGACAUGAUCCCCAAGAGGCUGACACUGUCAGAGCUGAAGAGCCGGUUCCCUAGGUGUGCGGAGCUCCAGGGUUACUGUCCAGUGACUUAUCAGGAUGGCAGACAAAGAUAUGAAGCCCUAGUACCUGGUAACAUUCACUAUGCUUUAGAAUAUCGUGAUCGUAUAUAUAUUUGUGAGAGCGGAGAAAAACUUCAGAAAUUUUUGAGGUCACCACAGAAAUACUGGAAUCAGAAGCUUCCUUACAAACUUCCCCCAUUGAAGGAACCAAUGUAUCUCACCAGCCUGCCUUUGCCUGGAUAUCUGGAACAGGGUAUUGCAACUGCUCUAAUUAAAGCCAUGAAUGCAGCGGGAUGCUUAAAGCCCAAAUUCCCCUUCUUAAGUGUACAGAGAUCUGCGCUGCUUUACAUAGCACUUCAUCUGAAAGCCUUUAAUCCCAAUAGUUCUGAAUAUACAAGAAAAAAAUACAAGAAGAAGAUGGAGCAGUUUGUGGAGAGAUGUGAACUCAUUACAUACCUAAGUGCCAAGAUGACCAAGAAAUACAAGGAACCUCAGUUUAGAGCCAUUGACUUUGAUCAUAAAUUACAGACCUUUCUCUCUCUUAGAAAUAUAGACCCAGUCAAUGGUUAG